CUGAGUGAGAGCAAACAUCCGCGUUUGAGUUUCUCUGAGCUUUUGCUUCGCUCUAUUCCUCGACAUGCCGGAACCCGCCAAGUCUGCUCCUGCCCCGAAAAAGGGUUCUAAGAAGGCGGUGACCAAAGCGCAAAAGAAAGAUGGCAAGAAGCGCAAGCGUAGUCGCAAGGAGAGCUACUCUAUCUACGUGUACAAGGUGCUGAAGCAGGUCCACCCGGACACGGGCAUCUCGUCCAAGGCUAUGGGCAUCAUGAAUUCUUUCGUCAACGACAUCUUCGAGCGCAUCGCCGGCGAGGCUUCCCGCCUGGCGCACUACAACAAGCGCUCCACCAUCACUUCCCGGGAGAUCCAGACGGCCGUGCGCCUGCUGCUGCCCGGGGAAUUGGCCAAGCACGCCGUUUCCGAAGGUACCAAGGCUGUUACCAAGUACACCAGCUCCAAGUAGGCUUGGACAGCAAAAUCCUCUAAAAAAAUUGACCCAAGGGCUCUUUUAAGAGCCACCCACACUUUCAAAGAAAAGAGCUCUAACCUUGUGGGGUCGUGUGGCUUUGUCCAGCGUGUCCUCUGGUAAGCCUUCUAUUAAGUAAUGUGUAAAUCUUGCUUAUUUCUUGUGUAAGGGGCUGUAAGGAAGAUGAGAAAUAUGUUUGUCGCCUUGACAUAAUGCCUUACCUCACCUCUUCUUCCCCCCAGUUCUCGCCAGUCUUGAUCUUCAUCCAGUGUAGUUGUACUUUAUUUGCACCGUUUUCGGGUUUGACUGGAGAGUACUAAACGGGCCUUAAUACCCCAGGCCAACACGGGCAGAAAGUUGCAUAAACGGCACAAUAGGACCUGCUAUCGCUCCUUUGUGGUAAUUCAAAAGAAAAGCUAAAGAGUUUGCGCGGGAAAAUGCUGGAAAAACUGGAGGGAUGCAAAACAAGGCAUAGUAUCCAGCAUCUCAUGGGCGCAUAGGAAAGUAAAACUCCAAAAACUCCAAAAACAUUGCUUUCUUGAAAUAUGGGAUAGGGAGGAUCACAAAAGGUAACAUGGACUGCUUUGAUCAUGUAAAAUUAAAAGUAUAUAAGACCUAA